AUGGCUUUGGAGGGCGUGGUUACUGGAAUAAAAGUAAACGGCAAACCCAUCAACAACAUUCGAUAUGCGGAUGACACUGAAAUACUGACUAGUAAUCCGGGGGAUCUACAGGACAUACUAGAUAGAGUUACCGAGGUGGGCGAGCAAUUUAGUCUGAGCCUUAACAUCACAACAACUAAAUUGGUUAUUGGUAGACAGGAAUUAAAUAACAUCAACCAUACAAUCAAUGGUGACGCAGUUGAAAGGGUGUCCACAUUUAAUUACCUGGGAGCCACCUUCAAUGAGAAGUGCGAUUGUGAUGAGGAGGUAAAAAUUCGACUCGGAACUGCAACAACUACGUACCUACUUGAAAAUGAAAAAUAUACUUUUCCAGAGAACGCUACUGUUCCGCCUUCGAUUGCGGAUAAUCAAGUGCUAUAUAUGGCCUAUCUUGUUAUAUGGAGUGGAGACAUGGUCACUCAAG